GCGGAAUAGACCUCUGCGUGCACACUGCUGACAUGGUUCUUCCUCUUGGCUAUUACCUGUCUUUACUGCAUCAGAAAGAGUUGGCAGCGCCCGGGGCCUCAACAGUCUGGCAUUUUGGAUAUUGUGUCUACCUCUGAAGAAACAGUGUGUUGGCUCUCAGCCUGUGAAUGGGAACCUAAAGCAAGAGGAGUAGGUGCCUACAGUAUACAACAUUGAUUAAAAUGGGGGUGGUGUUCCCUGUGCUCCUCUUUGAAACAUGGCGGCUCCUGCUGUGGCCAUGCCUGAUGUGAAAGCCCCACAAUGUGAGUACUCCCCAGCAGGAUCUCCUGCAGGGUGUAGCAUGGACUUGUCUGGAGACCUGUCUGUCCUCGGCUCCCCGCUUUCUGCUUUCCCUCAUCAUGCCGUGUCCCCCUUCCCUGCCCAUGACCUAGCGCUGGGCCACUAUCCAUCCAGCUAUGUCAACAAUAAUGCCCUUCUCAGCAAUCUGGGGCUCUACUGCUCCACCAGCAGCAUGUAUCCCCUAAAACAGCCUGACGCUCGGUCUGGCUACGGAACGAUGCGUCAUCCCCAGGGAUGUGUGAACGCGGGCGGGACCCGGCUCUACCGCAGUUUAGAAAACCUGCACUGGGCCACAGGUGCGUAUCCGUACAGGAGUGUGGACAGCGAGUUUAUUCUUCACUGCACUUCAAGUAGCCAUUGGUAUGAUGGACCUCCUCAGGGACCUCAGAUAUACGAUGUACUGCCUUCUCCUGAAAGUUUGGCGUUAUAUAGCCGCAGAGGAGUGGUUAGAAAGGACAUACCGCUCUUUCCUCAAUGGCUCUUGCCCGCCGUUGAGGACUGGAGUGUUAACGCAAAUGCUCGAAAGGGACUUAGAGACAAACUUCGGUUUCAGAGCACACGUGUCUCAGAGCCCAACAAACCCUUGCGACCGGUGCUCGGUAACGCACCAUCACCGAUGUAUCCAUGCGAUCAGGAUGUACCGGUUCGAGCGGGUCAACCAUCCUCUUUGGUACAAAGAGGUAGAGAGCAGGAACUGUGCGCCCGUCGUAUCACAAGCCCAGAGGAAAUCAAGCAGGAAGCGAUGAGACGCCUGCAACUCCGUAGACAGAGAAGCACUCCCAACCUCGUGCUGAGCUCCAGAGAGGAGUCUAGCAGCAUCAGUAAAGCUCUUACCUCAGAUCCCAUCUGUACAAAUUCUGCCCAGUCAACCCCUGAAAGAAAAAGACCCCCUGUGGGUCGCCUGCACAUACCUACAUUUGAGGAGUUUAAGAGAAUGAGGCAGAAGCAAAGCAGCAGGAACCACAAUCCCUCCUCAACUCAAUCGAGUGGAUAUGUGGGAAGUAAUGACAAGCAUAAAGAGGUUAAUGGAGGGGAAGAAGAACAGAUAGGAGAAAGACAGCAUGAGGAACGGAUUGAUAAAAAAACGGAUUUCAAUUGUCCGGGCGUACACAGUGGAGAGAUGUUUGAUCCCUCUUCCACAGGGGAGGUUCCAGGUGGACCCAUCUGCACCGGCCCAGUGGCCCGUUCUCCAUUACAUCCUCAAGCUCCUAGAGGAAAAGGGGAGGAGAAUAAAGGACUAGGGGCCACAGAUGUGGCUGUUGUCCCCUUCCCGGUCCGCUGGGAGGGUGGAGAUGGACCCUCCAGCUGCUGCCCCACAAUUCUUCUAGACAGCACGGACCUUUCCAGUUAUGGAGCCAAAAUCUACAAAAUGAAGGAUGGCUUCCUGGGAUCCGCCCUGGACCUUAUUAAAAAGAGCUGCAGUGCAGAUAUUGCAUCCGAGACUCUCGUCCGACUGUCGCGUGAGCAGAAUGAUGCCGCUGACAUCACCGUUCCCCAGCCCAGCCAUCAAUCUGCCCACGUUGCCAUGACAACGUCGGCCUGCGGAGAGGAGCCCACAGGACGAGGGGGGAAAGCGGCAACAGAAUGCGUUUCUGGAGUGGGUUGCAGACGCUCCAGCUCAGAUGCGGCCUAUGAGCUGGCUGAGUCAGUGAGGGCCCAGCGUGAGUGCCGCCUGCGGCCCCACUACAGCGACCCCAUGCCCGCAGACGCUGCCAAGCGUAAACAGCUGGAGAUGAAGAUUGCUGCAGCGGCACGUUUGCACAUUCACCGCAGAGAGAGGGACAGUGUGCCAAGCACCGUCAGGGGACGCUCGGAGCCAAGAGGUCAGGAGAGAAGCCGGAGCCUUGGUGUAACCCGGACCGCACAGCACCGCUGGAGUACAGUCAGCAGUGUGAGUGCAGACAGUGGAGUUGUAGGGUUGAGCGAUGAGCGAGAAGAAGAGGAAGAUCCACGACGUGCCCGCCACAGUGCUGGGGCCGAGGUCGAACGCGUGGACAGUGGAAUAGGAUCAGGUUUGGCUCGGGGCUGGAGGAGACCCUCACCUUUCCUCAGGAACUGGGAGGUUCGACAGCCCUGUCCUGACUGCGGCCACAAAGAGGGGGCACGUGAAGAGGGCAUGUGCGAACGCUGCUCCAAACUACGAAUCGAACGCAAAGAGGCCAUCAUGGAGUUCCUCAACACUGAGUCGAGUUUUGGAGAGGACUUGCGCAUUAUCAAGGAGGAGUUCUUCUGUCCAAUGCAGAGUGCAGGGCUGCUGAAUGUCGAGCAGCUAGCGGUGGUCUUCUGUAAUGUUCAAGAGCUCAUUGAUGUCAAUGAAAGGUUCACAGAACACCUGCAGGACAGCAUUGAUCAGGCUUUUGAUCAGGGCGAUGAGGACCUGCAGACUGUGUGCAUUGGAGAAAUCUUCUUGGAGUUUGUCAACAUGCUUCCAGCAUUUCAGACCUACUGCCUGCAGCAGUCCACAUCUGUGAACAUGCUCAACACGCUUGAGAAAGAAAAAGAACUUCUUAGAAUAUUCCUUGACGUGUCCCAGAACGACAACACUGCUCUGAGGCGCAUGAACCUGCGCUCCUUCCUCAUGGCACCGCUACAGCGCGUGACCAAAUACCCUCUCCUUCUAAGUCGCAUCAGCAAAGCCACCCAUGAAUGUCACCCCGACUACUCGCGUUUAAAAGAAGCCAAGAGUCGCGUGGAGUCCCAUCUAGAGCACAUCAACAUGAAGACCAAACAGGAGGGCACCGCCACAUGGUCCCUGCGCUCUUUCCGGCGCGACAGCCGCAAGAACCGAGAGGUGAUCAACAUCGAGAUGAGAGAGUUGUCCAUGAAGACUGUCGGAUGGGCUCGGGAAAGUACGCGCUUCAUUAUGGAGGGACCCCUACAACUGGCGCAACCCGCCGAUGGGCAGUGGCUUAAGAAGGGAAGCAAGUCCCUCAAAUUCCAAAAUGUUCAGAGCUUACUCAUGGUUCGCACCCUGCGUUCCGCAGAGUCUGUGAAUUCUGCUGAUGGGGGUCUCAGAGGAGAGCUGGAGAGCUUGGACAUGGUGCAAGAUGGCAUACUCGUGCUCAUCAAAGACAAAAGCAGCGGAAAGUUCACCGUCCUACGGGAGCCCAUCCAAUUGGCUAACUGCGUGGUAUCGGUCGAUCCCGACUGUGACGAUAGUUUUGAGGUGCUGGACAUCCGGCGUGAGGCUUUUGUUUUCCGUGCCUCGGACAAACAGCGCACGCAGCAGUGGUUUCAUCAAAUUAAAAGAUAUGCCUGCGAUCUUGGGUCUUGGAGGAAAAGACGCAACGCUCUCCCCAAUAUCAUGAUCAACACAGCCCAGAGUCGGUCCUGACACCCUGUAGCAUCAACUAGAUGUAAAUAAUAAAACCAAUAUUUUGUUGACCGGACAGUAUUUGUGUUGGGGAAUAAGAUCUAAUGAGAUGUUUCUUCGACUGUAGACUUUUAAGUCGCAAGGUUUUACUGUGAUUUAAAAGAUUAAAGCAACAGUUCACCCAAACAUGAAAUUCUGUAUUCAUUUACUCUCAAGUUGUUCCAAAUCUGAAUGCAUUUCUUUGUUCUGAUGAACACAGAGAAAGAUAUUUGGAAGAAAGGUUGUAACCAAACAGUUCUUGGCCAUCAUUGACAACCAAAGUAGGAACAAUGACAACGGUACAUUGUAGUAAAAUGCAGCAGAAUUGUUUGCCUUCCUAAAUUCUUCAAUAUUGUAUUUUGUGUUCAACAGAACAAAGAAAUGUAUACAGAUCUGGAAUAAAUUGAGGGUGAGUGAAUGCAGAAUUUUCAUUUUUUAGUUGAAAUGUUCCUUUAAUAUAGACUGAAAGGGGGAACUUUGUAAAACUGGAAAGCAAAUAAAAGACAUUUGUGGAAAAAAAGGAAAAUGAAAUGCGGUCAAAAAGCAAAAAGUCAUGCCGUGGCAUAAUAAAAUGAGGAGAUCACUAGAUGCCUCACUGCUGCACUUGUAUAACACUGAUUGUACGACAAGUAGCUACUGAGAAAGAAAAUACAUGUUUUCAGUGGUGAUAACCAUGAGAGAAAAUGAUUUUGAUAGAAUGAACGUUCAUGUGAAUCUUUAAUAACGCACAACAGAGUGGAAACUUGUUGAGUGGAAAGUUGGUUUGUUUUCUGUUCAUUUAUUGUUUUCUCUCUCUUCCGUAAACAACUACUGUAUUCUCAAUGCCACACGAGAUCCGGGGCAGUUCUUAUAGAGUACAUGUAACACUGUGCUGGUCUAACUAGCAGCAAUAAUGGUCAUUGUAUUAUGUAGCAACAGUAAAGCUGCUUUUUUUUACAGGUAGCCAUCCUCUUUUGCGAUCAGUGAUGUUUAUUGUAUUUUUCUGUCCUUGAGGUUAUAGUCUCAGUCUAAGCAUCACGACAUCAUCGCUGGACAUAAACUACUUCCAGAAAUACAAUUAAAACCUAAUUUUCCCACAAUUUAUGUAAUUUGUACUUCCAGUAUGCUGUUGCUUUGUCAUAGUUGCAAGGGAGAAAAUAUGUGCCUUUUUUAUUUGAUACUGAGUGAGUCAGUAGUCCUAUUUGUUUUCUCCUUUGCCCACAAAGCAGCUAAAUAUUUAGGAAAACUAUUCGUUUUUAGUAGCUGCUAAUAUAUAAAAAAUCCCUCAAAUAUACAUGCUGUGUUGUAUGGUAACUCUGUUAAUGUUACUGUUUUUGUUUGAUGCACUUUAAUAUGAAGGACCUAAAACUGGAGCGUGGACAUUGUGCUGCAGUUUACAAAGCUUUACUGUCUUUUGUUUUUAAGAUCGUUUAAGCUUUAGAGAAUUAUGAACCACAGUUGACUUAGCAAUAGCUAUGAACCACAUUCAGUAAUUGUCCUAUUUGUAUGUUUAAAAUCAACAUUGAUGGAUGUAAAGUGUCACCAUCACUGGAUUUUGGCAUUUAGGUUUCUACAUGAAUAUUUACUGUUUUUCUAAUGGCAUUGAUACUGUUAGAAAUAUCAUAGCUUCCAUUACACAGCAGAAUGAGGAGUCCUGCCAGAGAUCUUUGUCUGAAAUGGUACUUUUACCCAAGACC